CCAGCAUGGAAACCGAGAACUUCUUUUACCCGGCUCUGUUCAGCUCUAUCGCCAUGUGAACUCUCUGCUAUCCUCUCUGUUGUCUCUCUGCAACCCUCUUAAAUUUUAUUUAUUAUUUUUCAUUUUUAUAUGAUUAAAUUUAAACCACCAGAACUUAACCAAACCCAUACCCAUGACCAUGAGAGAGGAGAAUAAAGAAGACGAGCAAAGUUGAUGCAAAGUUUUAAUUCUUUUUUAUUUGUUUAUUUUGGUGUGAAAGAUUAAGAAUUGAAGGACCAACAAACCCAUAUCUUCCAUCACUCUAUCUUCGUCUUCACUUCUACACAAACCAGAAACUGAAAGGCCCAUCUCAACUGUGACUUCAACCUAUCACCUUCCGAAAGAAAAAUCUUUCAUCUUUAUGCGUUUUAAAUGAAAUGGAGGAGCUCAAAAGACCCAUCAAGAGGCGAGGGUUCUAUGUCAAAAUGAGGUUACUGCACAAACAUGGAAGGCAACAGGAGAAAAACUUGUGCUUCAAAUAUUACAAAUGGGUUCUUUGGUUUUCUCUAACUCUUUAUUUCCUCACUUCUUACUUUAUCAGCCACAAGCCUAUACCUUUGUCUAAAACUCAUUUUGCUAACUCAAAAUCUAACCUUCCUUCUCGUGCUCUCAUCGAAUCGAUCAACACAUCAUUUCUGCAGCAACCAACGAACAGUAACAAAGGGUCAUUGAACGAUUUGAAAAUAUAUGUUUACGAGUUGCCGUCAAAAUACAACACGGAUUGGCUAUCAAAUGAGCGGUGCAGCAACCAUUUAUUUGCUUCGGAGGUAGCAAUCCACAGGGCACUCUUAAACAGCGACGGACGAACGUUUGACCCGUAUGAAGCGGACUUCUACUUCGUACCCGUUUAUGUAUCCUGCAACUUUAGCACCGUUAACGGGUUCCCUGCCAUUGGUCACGCUCGCUCUCUCAUAUUCUCCGCUAUCCAAUUUAUCUCAUCUCACUACCCGUUUUGGAACCGGACCCAGGGCUCCGAUCACGUCUUCGUCGCCUCCCACGAUUACGGCGCUUGCUUCCAUGCCAUGGAGCACAGAGCUAUCGCUGAUGGGAUACCAGAAUUUUUAAAGAAAUCUAUAAUACUGCAAACAUUUGGUGUUAAGUAUAAACACCCAUGUCAAGAGGUUGAAAAUGUAGUAAUCCCACCCUAUAUUUCGCCGGGAAGUGUACGGAAAACUCUGGAGAAAGCUACGGUGACCGGGCAACGUGAUAUUUGGGUGUUCUUUAGGGGUAAAAUGGAAGUUCACCCUAAGAACGUCAGUGGGCGUUUUUACAGCAAGAAGGUUAGAACGGUCAUAUGGAGAAAAUAUAAUGGUGACCAAAGGUUUUACUUACAAAGGCACAGAUUUGCUGGUUACCAGUCAGAAAUUGUACGGUCAGUGUUCUGUUUGUGUCCGCUUGGAUGGGCUCCGUGGAGUCCCAGGCUUGUAGAAUCAGUUGUAUUAGGAUGUGUGCCGGUAAUUAUAGCGGAUGGCAUCCAGUUGCCCUUCUCGGACGCCGUUAACUGGCCGGAGAUAUCUUUAACGGUGGCUGAAAAGGACGUGGCAAACUUGGGAAUGAUACUGGAACGCGUGGCUUCUACCAAUUUGAGUAGCAUUCAGAGGAACCUAUGGGACCCGAAUGUCAGACGGGCUCUACUUUUCAAUGAUCAGAUCCAGGAAGGGGAUGCCACUUGGCAGGUCCUACAUGCUUUGUCUCAAAAGCUGGACAGGUCGUACAGGAGGUCAAGGGUUUCAACCCAAUAAGAAUCUGACACAUAGGAUUGGAUCCAUUGGAGGCUGGAGUUGCCAGCUAAGAUGCUCCUCUCCCCACGUGGAUGGAAAAUAAUGGAGGACAGCUGGAUUUAUCAGUUGUAUAUGAGAGGAGGGAGGGAUGAGAAUUUUAUACGGCGUGGUGGUGGGGACCAGUGUGAUGGGAGGUUAGAUUUUUUUGGGAGAUUUAGGUUGGCACGUGAAUACUUGCUGAUGUGGCGUGGUGUUAUUGGUUGACGGUGCGGUCAAGACGAGAAACUUUGCGCUACAGCCUUGUACAUGUGGAAGAUAAAUUUUUUGAUUAUUUUUUUGAUAAUUUAAAUACUAAUAAAAUAAUACAUACACAUAUGGUUGGCUGAUGCUGUCAUGCGGGGCUCUAGAAUUAUUGUACUGCACAUAUUGUUAUUUAAUAUUCUAAGUUGUAAAGAGAAUUUUAAUUAGAGUUUUAAAAU